CCUUGCUUGACCACACCCUCCUUCCUUGCCUCUUCCACCGAUCCAAUUGUUUCUUAUGGACAGAAAAGAGCAGAGGAUCUGAGCUGUCCGAUCAGGUCCAUUGUCUAUUCGUCCGUCAUUAGCAGUCUCAACACGCCCGUGCGUUUUUCCCCACUAAACUCAGACUACCCUUUUAGUUCUAUCAUCUCCGGUCACUGCGUGAAGCUCCUCCCGGAAAAUAGAGAGAGACACUGUUAUGAGGAGAAAAACAGCAAAAGAAUCACCUGGAUUCUUUCAUAUCAAGAUGAUGUGGAGUCUUUGGAUCCUGCUGGGCACUGUUCUCAGUGUGGAUGGCUACGUGGUGCCCGACCUGCACAAGCGUCUGUCCCACGGGCAUCAGCUAAAGAUCUACCUCCCGAAGAGUGCUGAGAAGCUGGAGUUCACCCCCGCUGCAGAGCCCCUGAAGACGUACCUGUACUGGGGCCGUGGAUCCCGGACCACCAGAGGAAAGGUGUCUGGGACAGGAACCGACAGGAGCUGGUAUCUGGACAAAGUGACUUACAAGGACCAGGGGACCUAUGUCCAGAGAGACUACUGGAACAAGGAGAUCUCCUCGCUCAAAGUGGCUGUGACCACCAGGCGUGAGUACACGAAGUGCGUGGUGGGCGAGGAACUCCACAUCUCAUUGGAGGGCAUCGACCAGGCCGACGCCACGCUCUCCUUCUCGGGCGCCAACGCCAAUGUCACCCUGGUGCAUGAUGGGGCAGUGGUGGCCCAGGACCUCCCGGACUACUGGAACCGGGUCAAGACCCUUUCCACCAAGAUCAGCAUCCAGAACGUCAACACCUCGGACGUGGGCUACUACACGCUGAAGGACACGCGAGACCGGGUGGUCGCCAUCGUCAGGAUGGAACUCACAGACAAACAUGAGAAUGAAGCAGGCAACCCCCUCAUGGCCCUCCUCCUCCUGCUUGGUAUCCCCGCCAGUAUCUGCUUCUGUUGCCGGAAGAGGAUCUUCAAGAACAAAUCCCCCAACACCACCGCCAUCCAACUGGACAACCCCGAGACUCUGCACCCCCCUCCCGGCUACAACAUGCCCGGAGGAGGGGUGUCCCCUGGACCUGGUGUGCCGACGUUCUAUCAUGGCCCAGGUCCAGAUCCUAACAUGGGAGGUUACCCUCAGGUUUACCCUCCCCCCAACCCUGGGAUGCCUGGACAGCCUCAAUGGACCGGACCCCCACCUCAACCAUGCUUCAACCCAGGCUACCCCUCCCAGGACCCUUUGUACCCCCCUGCCCAGCCCCCACAGUGGAAUGGCCCACCACCCAACCAGCCACAGUACAACCCUGGUGCUCCUCCGAUGGGGUAUGCGCCGGUGACGUACAGCGCCCCCUCAGGGAAGGAGGAGAUAAAGAUAGAGAACAUGUCUCCUACUGAUCCCCUCCUUGCCCAUCCACCACCCCAGGUCCCCCCACCCACCUCUGAAGCUCUGCACUCCACAGACGGAGCCUUCCAGUUCAACAUCGACACAGGAAAAAACGCCCCCACCAACUUCCUGUAGAACGCCUGUCAUCGGUCCAAUCAGGAGCGGCCUUAGUAAUGUUGCCACGGCUCCGUCCCGAAUACGGUUCAAUGGCUUCCUUUGCUCAUCUCCUUGACUGUGACCACUUAUAUAAAUGGGGAGGGAUAGGAGAGGAAGCAGUAUGUUGUAGAUGUAACUAUGACCUAGACAUUGCCCCUCAAAUCACCUAUCCAUCCUUUUCUGGUGAGUGUUAUACUGUUUUCUGACAUAAGACAUUAUUAUUAUUAUUAUUACCUUUUUUAAAAAAGGCAUAUUUAGAUGACCCCCGUUAAACCAUGGGUCCUGUUUGCGAUUCAAACUAGGGAGGUGUUAAACAAUGGAAGUGCUAAUUAAUUUCCCUGCAAAAAGACAGAGAUCAUUCUCAUUUUUUGGGGGGGUUACAGGGUCUGUGAAAAAACAGGUUUCAUUACUAGGUCUCGGUGUUUUAAAAAAAAAUGUACCCAUUUUAUUUAGAUUUUUUUUUUAACUCCCUACCCCUUUCACGUAUACAAAAACAAAAGUAACCAAUUUUUUUAUUAUUUUUUUGUCUCUGUGUAAAUGGGAUAUUAGUGAAGGAAAUGAGAUAAUUUAAAAGGACUAUUUCCUGUAUAGCUGUGAUGAAGUCAGUCAAAAUGUCUGGGCGGGGGGGAAAACAUGUCAAACUGAAUCAGAGGCCACGAUCCCUACCCUUCUCCAGAAGUGUGCACUGAUCCACUCCCUCUCAUGCAUUGGAUUGGUGCAAAAAAUAUCUUGAGGAAGUUUCCACCAUAUUCCCAGUCGAUUUAUUUUUAGAAGGGGAGUGUACAAGAUAAUUGGAAUGUAGCCCAUAGAAUGAUAGAGACCUCUAGUGGCCAAAAGGCAGUAUUGGCAUGGGCAGUGCCAUUGAGGGCUUCCACCAAUUUAAUGUAUGGCAUCUAUCAAACACUCUGGUCAUGUUCCCCUGCGGCGGCGCUGCAUGCAUCAACCAAUGGUUGCGUGCCACGUCAUCGGCUGUGCUGUCGUGCACAGUCUAACAUGUGGUUAGCUGAUACGUAAAAUAGCUAUCCAAGAGUUGUAAGAUCUGGCAUUCGUCAGCAAUGUCUGAGGAGAGGAACACAACCGAUAACUGCCUUUCAGGGUUCUACUGGAACCAAAAAUAGGGACAGCCGAAGAACCUUUUUGGAAAUGGUUUUUUCUAAGUGUAUCAUAAUCCAAUCAGAACCCACAUCACUCCUAAUCAUACAAUCAGAAGAUGCUAGGACAACGCAUCAUCCACUCGGUAGACCAAGUAAAGCUCUCUGCCAGUCAGGUAGCCACUUCCUGUUGUGUAUAUUUAAAGUGUAUGUGUGUGUGUAUACAUAUACACACAUAUACACACUUAUACACAUAUAUAUACAUAUAUAUAUAUAUAUAUACAUAUAUACAAAUACAAUCAAAUGCCUUUACUUCCCAAAGUAUAGCCGUUUUUCAUUAUGCAUGGUAUCAUUUUAGUUCUACAUAUGAAACUGCUGUCAUUUCAACAGGGUGGGUAUGUAGAGUUAAAUAACUUAUUAAUACACUGGGAGGGCGCUAUUUUAUUAAGAUGUUAUACAUAAUCUGCAUCCCCCUCAAAAGUAGUGUACUAUAGGGUGCCAUUUGCAACAUAUCUUGGUUUAAAAGGCUCAUUUUGGUAUUUAAAUAUCCUAUUUGUCUCUUAAAUAAUGAAGCACUCCUGAAGGUUUUACAGACAGUUCGAGCGGAUCACUUUUGUCAAGUCAGUGGCCACCACCUUUCAAAGUGUGAUGCAUUAUGGGGAUAAAAAUGAUCCCACUUGUGCCUACAUGUCAACUGCAUGAUUAUUUUAACGUUACAAAGAAAUACUUUCAUAACAAUGGCAACACUGCUAUGUUCGUCUGAGAUUUGGUGCAAAACCACGUGCCCAAACUUUUGGCUGUCGCAGUUGCUCCUCACCCGAUUUCACUCCUCGAAUUUCAUCUAGUCGUUUGCUUAAGCCUUAUCACACAAACGCAUCCAGUGCCUUCUUGUCCUGGGAUGUAUUCAUAAGUGCACAAUGAAGCAAACAGUAACAACUUUUUGGGACAAAUUCAGUUAGUCCCCUACCUGGUUGCUUCCGUUAGGUUCCUAAUGAAUGUACCCCUGGUCAGGUCAGGGGGUGAGAAAUGUAUUUUACAUGAUUAUAUUCAGGGAGAGGUCAUUUCCAGACCAUGUAACCAGAACAGUAAACUCCUGGCCCUAGUUGGUCAAGGAAAAAUCUCAAUUGGAGAAGGGCAAAUGAGAAGGCCUCUUGAUUACGCUUAAACCUUUGUAGUUACUUUUAAAACGUUCUUCCCAAAACUGCUUUUCUCACCAACUGUCUCAUCCCCCUACACCCAACACGCUUUAAGGAAUGGACAGAUCUCAAAUGUAGGUAAUGGGAAGUAUGCAUCUGUUUUGUUUUAUUUGAGAACUUGUUUGUGUUGUAUGCUGCCAUAACUGGAAAGGCGUGAGAAUGAAAGGUGAUCCGUGUAGACAUGAAGAAAAUAUGAUUUCCAAUGACGUAUCAUGAGACCUUAUGGAAUGUUUAGUGUUUCUAUUCUGCGAAUAUCAAAAGCAUUUAUUGUAGGACAUGCAUAUGUCCACCUCCAAUAAACAGAAAACACAA